AAAAAAAGGAAAAAAAAAAAAAAAACUACUCAAGCCAGCAAGAAAAUUCGGUCCCUUGCAAGUUACAGCAUGCAAAAGUAUUAGCCAAGGGAUAAGGCAAGGUGACCUACUAUCUCCCUUCUUGUUUUUAAUAGUAGCGGAGGGUUUGAAUGGAUAAAUGUUAUUUGCGGUGGAUAAGAAUCUUUACAAGGGGGUGAGGAUUGGAAAUGAAGAUGUGAUGCUAUCCUACCUCCAGUUUGCAGACGACACAAUAUUUUUUGGCGAAGCAUCAAAGGAAAACAUUCAAGUUAUCAAAUGCAUUCUGAGGACCUUUGAGCUAGCUUCGGGACUAAAGAUUAACUACGGAAAAAGUCAGUUAAUGGGUAUCGAGGUUGAGGAAGAUUGGAAAAAGAAAAUGGCAUACACUCUUCACUGCAAAGAAGGUGAACUUCCUGUCAAGUAUCUGGGAAUUCAAAUUGGAGGGAAUCAUAGAAAGCUAGCAAUGUGGCAGCCACUGGUGAACUCCUUCAAAAAGAAGCUAGCAAGUUGGAAGGGCUGGGAUUUAUCAAUGGGAGGUCGGAUCACGCUCAUAAACUCUGUGUUGUCCAGCUUACUGGUGUUCCAGAUGUCAGCCUACCUACUCCCCAAAGGUAUUCUCUACUCUUUAGAUAAAAUUCGUAGAAAUUUUUUAUGGGGAGGGGAGGGAGAGGGAAAAAAAAUCAAUUGGGUUAGUUGGGAGAGGGUAUGUAUAUCAAAGGAGGAGGGAGGAUUAGGAGUAAAAGACUUGAAAAAAUUUAAUGUGGCAUUGAUGGGAAAAUGGUUGAGUCGGUUAGCAAAUAUGGAAGAGGGCUUGUGGAAGAGUGUCAUUGUAGGAAAAUAUGGAGUAGAAGGGGGACACUGGCUGGAUUGGGUGCGUGAUGGCAGGAACAUAGGAUCGAUAUGGUGGAGAGAUGUCUGAAGUCUCAAAGCUGGGGAGGGAGUGAAUGUGAGAUGGUUGUGGGAGGAUUUUAGGCUGAAGAUAGGGGAAGGGAGAGGUGUUAAAUUCUGGUGGGAUACAUGGUGUGGGGAGGAGUGUCUAGCUAACAAAUUUCUUAGAUUGUA